GUAGAAUCAUAGACUUAAAAUUUUGGUUGCUUUCUUUUGUCUUUUCCACAUUUUGAAUCGAAGAGGAGGCUAAAAAGACAACCUUGUCACCCAUUGUGCUAAGAACUCAUCCCAUCUCUCUCCCCUGUUCUUCCUCCAUCCCAUCCCUCAAAACAACAACAACAAUAACCAGACGAAAAAAGCAAAGAAAUGGCGCAAAUGGGGUUUCUCUUCUCCUCCCUGUAAGAUGGCUCUGCACCCAAAUAAACACAGAAUCAAACUCCACCAUAGCUCGCUCUUCUUCCUGGACUUCCUCUACUGCACUGAAGAACAGCAGCUUGAAACAGAGGAUAACAAUGGCGGCGGCUCCAAUGACUUCCCUCUUUGGGAAGAGACGACCCAUUUCCUUGUUUGUGAAGACGAGGAGCUCGAUCGUUUGCUGUCCAAAGAACAGGACCAGAAUCUUCAAUACGGUGCUGUUCUGGAGAACUUGGUUCAAACAGAGGGUGCUCUGUUUUUGGCUAGAACAGAGGCCGUCGAAUGGUUGCUUAAAGUUAAUGCCUUUUAUGGCUUCUCCACUCUCACAGCUCUCUUAGCCAUUAAUUACCUCGACAGAGUCCUCACCGGCCGCCAUUUUCAAAGAGAUAAGCCAUGGAUGCUUCAGCUUCUUGCCGUAACUUGCAUUUCUUUAGCUGCCAAAGUCGAAGAAGUUCGUGUCCCUGUUCUUCAAGAUCUCCAGGUGGAAGAUUCUAAGUUCAUUUUCGAAGCGAAAACGAUACAGAGAAUGGAGCUUUUAGUGCUCAGUGCUCUUCAAUGGAAGAUGCACGCAGUGACCCCUGUUUCAUUUCUUGGCAUUAUAACAAAAGGGCUUGGAUUAAAGAAGAAUCAGCACUUUCAGAAAGAGUUUCUGAGACGCUUUGAGCGUAUUCUCCUCUCUCUCGUCACUGGUUUAACAGAUUCAAGAUCGGUGGGGUUUCUUCCUUCUGUAAUGGCGGUAUCAGCAAUGGUGAGCGUUGUUGAAGAGAUGGGGAGCUGUAAGCCAUUGGAGGAGUUUCAGGAUCAGAUUCUUAAUGCCCUCAAAAUAAACAAGGGAAGAGUGAAGGAGUGCUGCAAGGUGAUAAUGGAGGUAUCAAAAGGGCAGGCCAAAGCAAAGGUAUCAGGGAAGAGGAAGCAUGUGGAGGAGGAGGAAGCAGAAGCAGAAUCAGAAGGUGUAGCAGGGAGCCCAAAUGGAGUAAUAGAGGCCAAUUUCAGCUGUGGAAGCUCCAACCAUUCGUGGGGCAUGGGGUCGCCUCUGUCACCCCACACGCCUUCUUCUUCCAAAAGAAUCAGACCCACUCCAUGAACCAACCUAUUAAACAUGUCUCUCUCUCUCUCCACCAUAUACGCCAUUUCAUCCUCUUCUUCCUCUUAUACGUGUUAAACUUUUGUUGAUGUAUGGACGUUUUCACGUGUUCGUUAGUGACAUUCAUAAUUACUCUCCACGUGAGUUUAGUUGAAUCGUAAUUGACAUGUACUCAUUCUCUUGAAGUUAGAUAUAAGAGUCCAAUUCCACCAC